AUGACAGUACAGACUGUCGGCCUCAUCAUGGAGUCUGAUGCCAAGCAGGAAGGGACUGCUGACAAGCAAGUCGAGCUCACAAGCAACAAGCAUGAGCAGCCCGAAACUUUCAUGAGCGAGGCUCUCUUGCAGAAGAUCGACCGACCCCGCGAGAUGAACAUUGGCAAACAUGUACCACUGCCACAGCUUGUGGUUGUGGGCGACCAGAGUUCUGGAAAGUCAUCUCUGUUGGAGAGCUUGACGGGAAUCCCGUUUCCUAGCCGAAGCGGGCUCUGCACUCGCUAUGCGACGCAGAUAACACAGCGCCGUGAUUCUCAGUCCCGUGUCAAUAUCAGCAUUAUUCCAGGAUCGGACGCUUCAGAGGCCCACAAAGAACACGUUGAGGGCUAUUUCCACGCCAAGUUUCCUCAGAUUCUGCAAGAUUAUGCCGAGUACGAGCGCCGGGAAGAGGUGCUUAACGACAAACCGUGGAGCAGCCUCCCUCGAGACAGGGUCGGAGUGCGACCGCUGAAGGCACGCCUCCGGGAGCUCCUGGUGCACAUUGCACAGCAAGAGUUUUCUAGCCUGCGGAAAGACAUCGGCAGAGUGUUGCAUGCUGCAAAUCAAGGACAAGAGGAACUUGGCCCAUCGAGAAAGAAUGAGCAAGAGCAGCGCAUGUAUUUGGUCGGCAUAGCUCGAAAGUUCGAGGAACUAGUAUGGGCUGGCCUUGACGCGCAGUAUUCCAAGCACAGCGUCUUCAAGAAGAACCUGCAGCUGCGACUCGUCACUCUAGUUAUCUAUCUCAGCGAGACUUUUGGCGAGGCGCUUGAAAAGAACCGACACCUUCGGAAUUUCGAGGACAUGGGAUCCAACACCAAGGACAACAAGUUCCCUCGCCAGGUGAUGACAGCGAAUGGGAAAGCCUCAGACGACAUGCGGUCGGCUCUCGAGGCCCUCGAUGCAGAUGACUUUCCCGAUCUUGAUAACAUUGUCAGCCACAGCUAUGAAGCCGAACCCCACAAGACGACAUCAUGGAGUGGCUCGAGGGUUUUCGUCGUAGCAAUCCAUUGCUUCAUAACCAGCAUGUUGGAAGACGUUUGUGACGACAACCGUGUGCGCGAGGAGCUGUGGUCUGCGAUUUUGGAGGAAGUCCUGAAGAGGUACAAAGCAGCGAUGGAGCACGUCUCAUUUCUGAUGUCGGUUGAGCGGAAGAAGCGGCCUUAUACACUGAACGCAUAUGUUUAUUUCAACGAGCACCGCCAGAGUGCACGCGGAAACCGGAUGGCAGAACUCUUGGAGGUGGACUCACUCUACGAUGACUCGUACAAGGCCGAGCAGAUUCGGACUGCCAUGAAGAAGCAGAGCAACACAGAAUACGCCACCGCGGAAAUCUACGAUCUCCUCGGCUCAUACUAUGAGGAGUGGGUGAUGGGUCUUUUUACCGACCAGCUCAAGGCCAUUGCAGACGAAUCGCCCAGUGUCAAGGAGCGCAGAGACAUGCUGGACAAGAAGACCAAGGACUUGAGAGCUGCAAAGGAGACCCUGAGGCACUGA